AUACGUUUACUAUGUCUUCAGAAGAAAAUGGACGAAACCACGACCCUUGAUUCGACUGAUGGGUCCGGGGAUGAAGGAAAGAUCAGGAAUGAUCUGUUAACUAAAGAAGAACUAAUUUUAAAGUUCUCAGAUAACCCAGCAAACUAUAUUGUAUUUGCAGCGAUGUUAAUAGUAUCUGCUGUUAUCGGAGUGUUCUUCUGGUGGCGAGGGAGAAGUAAAGAGAAUGCCGAAGAGUUUCUGAUGGCGGGGAGAAGUAUGGGAACUCUACCAAUGACCCUGUCUUUGAUCGCGUCGUUCAUGUCCGCCAUCACCUUGCUGGGCACCCCAGCAGAGAUGUAUGUUACAGGUACACAGUAUUGUGCUCUAGUGGUUUCUUAUCCUUUUGUAAUGGGUUCAGCAGCUCACUUCUUCCUUCCAGUAUUCAACAGAUUAAACAUCACCACUAGCUACGAGUACCUGGAGAUCAGGUUUGGUAAGAGUGUGCGAAUAAUUUCCUCUUUAUGUUUCACAUUCCAGAUGGUUGUAUAUAUGGCCAUCGUAGUUUAUGCUCCUGCUUUAGCCCUAGCUCAGGUGACCGGAUUGGAUGUAGAUCUAGCCUGCGCCAUCAUCUUCCUUGUCUGUAUAUUCUAUACAGCUAUUGGAGGCAUUAAAGCAGUUAUGUGGACAGAUACAUUCCAGGCUCUCUGUAUGUUUGGAUCCUUCCUUGCAAUAGUGAUCAAGGGGAACCAUGAUGCAGGUGGAUCUAAAGUAGUGUUUGAUAGAAACUAUCAAUCAGGACGGGUUGAGCUAUUCAACUUUAACCCGGAUCCAAGGAUGAGACACACUGUCUGGUCUUUGGUUGUCGGAGGAUAUUUUACCUGGAUAUCUAUAUACGGGAUCAAUCAAACACAAGUUCAGAGAUAUCUUACGGUCAAGAAACCGUCACAGGCUGUCAAAGCCAUCUGGUGGAAUGUGUUGGGUAUUGGUAGCCUACUCCUCAUCUGUGGCUAUGGUGGAAUGGUGAUGUACGCCUUCUACCACGACUGUGACCCGCUGAUGACACAGCAGGUGAACAGCAAGGAUCAGCUGUUCCCUCUGUUUGUGAUGCAGGUGAUGGGAGACUAUCCAGGGAUUCCAGGCUUGUUUGUGGCAGGAGUGUUUAGCGGGGCUUUAAGCACAGUCAGCUCAGGCCUUAAUAGUCUCUCUGCUGUUUGUCUCAGAGAUUUCCUCGAGGGUGGUUUUGGCAUCAAAUUGACAGACAGCCGAUCAAAUAUCCUGACUAAACUUCUCUGUGUUUUCUUCGGACUCCUAGGAUAUGCUCUCGUCUUCCUCGUCAAAAAUGUCGGAGGAGUUCUUGAGGCUGCUCUAGGUAUAUUUGGUAUAGUGGGGGGACCCGUACUCGGAGCUUUCGUCCUGGGAAUGUUCUUCCCAUACUCAAACUGUCUGGCCACCUUCGUUGGUACCCUGACCUCCCUUAUAUUUACAAUGUGGAUGGGGUUUGGACAAACAGUCUCCAAACUAGCACAUACAUAUGACGGGGCAACCUGGUCUCCUGCUAAACCUGUAAGUAUAGAGAACUGUCCUGAGUCCUGGUUAAACUAUACAGUUCCUGAACCUAGCCAACCUUCUCCAGACUUCCUUCAUCUAUCCUUGUACGAGGUCUCAUAUAUGUGGUUCUCAGCUAUAGCCUGUCUGUGGUGUGUUGUAGUCGGAGCUAUACUCAGUUUAUAUAAACCUCAGGACCAUAGACUAGUGGAUAAGAGACUCAUCAGUCCUGCAUUUCCAUACUUUUUCUUCUGGUGGCCUAAAUUUGCUCGGAGCAAAAUCAUGGAUUAUUAUAAUGAAAUAGGAGAAAAGUUUGACGAGUCUAAUGCUGCUGGGUAUAGAAGAGAAGACCUAGAGAAGCAGGGUAUAGGUGAAGUAAAUAUCUCCUACUUGGAAGAGAGUAAGGAUGGAAAAAUGUCCAAAAGCUCCGAACCUGACGAAAGUAUGAAAGAAACAAAGGACUCGAAAGAAACAAAAGAAACGAAAGAGUUAACGAGUCAACUCUGAUUUUAUUAUUUUUAUGUUAAAUAUCUUUAAAAUCUGAAAAUUUAAACUUAUGACGCGAUUAACUGCAACUAUCAAAAAUGACAACAAUAAAUUUAGCAUCUUUACAUUAAAUACUCUGACUUAACAAAUUUUACAUUUAUAAUUAUUUUUGAAAAUUGUGCAAUGAAUUAUGGCAAAGUGUGAUAAUUGACAUUUCUUUUUUUAAGCCUGCUAUAGUAUUCAAUAUUAGUUAAUACAUAAUGUUGCAAAGCCUAAAAUAUUUUAUCUACAGCUUGCAAUUGGAAUAAAUAAAUGUUCAUUUCUUUAUGAA